AUGGGCGGUGGCCCAGGUGGUGAUGGACGCGAUGAUAAGGAUAAGAAGAUACGAGCCUCCUCCACCCCGACCACUCGCAUUGGAAAGAAGAAGCGCAAGGCUGCCGGUCCUAGCACAGCCGCCAAGCUACCAGACAUUUACCCGACUUCACGAUGCAAGCUCCGAUAUCUUCGAAUGCAGCGAGUUCAUGACCACUUGUUGUUAGAGGAGGAAUACGUCGAGAACAUGGAGCGAAUGCGCAAGUCUAAGGCCCAAGCAAGUCAGGGUCCUGCUAGCCAAGGUGACUUGGAUGUGACGGAUCGGAAUGCGGAUGAGCGAAGUCGAGUCGAUGACAUGCGAGGUAGCCCAAUGGGAGUGGGUAACCUUGAGGAGUUGAUUGACGACGACCAUGCCAUCGUUUCUAGCGCCACUGGCCCCGAGUACUACGUUUCUAUCAUGUCAUUUGUUGACAAGGAUCUUCUCGAGCCUGGCGCUAGCAUUCUUUUGCAUCACAAGUCAGUAUCAGUCGUUGGUGUUUUGACUGAGGAAUCGGACCCGCUUGUGUCAGUGAUGAAGUUAGAUAAAGCCCCCACUGAGUCAUAUGCCGAUAUUGGUGGUCUGGAGUCCCAGAUUCAGGAAGUGCGUGAGUCCGUGGAGUUGCCAUUACUACACCCCGAGUUGUACGAGGAGAUGGGUAUCAAACCACCUAAGGGUGUCAUUCUGUAUGGUGCCCCUGGUACCGGAAAGACCCUUUUGGCCAAGGCCGUCGCCAAUCAGACCAGUGCCACUUUCCUCCGUAUCGUUGGAAGUGAGCUGAUUCAGAAGUACCUUGGUGAUGGACCACGGUUGGUCCGUCAAAUUUUCCAAGUUGCUGCUGAGCAUGCUCCAUCUAUUGUCUUCAUUGAUGAGAUUGACGCUAUCGGUACAAAGCGAUAUGACUCAACUUCUGGUGGUGAGCGAGAAAUUCAGCGGACUAUGCUUGAAUUGCUUAACCAGCUGGAUGGUUUCGACGAUCGUGGCGACGUUAAGGUUAUUAUGGCGACCAACAAGAUUGAGACUCUGGAUCCUGCUCUGAUUCGACCGGGUCGUAUCGAUCGUAAGAUUCUCUUUGAGAACCCUGACCAAAACACCAAGAAGAAGAUUUUCACCCUGCACACCUCCAAGAUGUCUCUGGGUGACGAUGUGGAUCUGGAUGAGUUCAUCAACCAGAAGGAUGAUUUGUCUGGUGCCGACAUCCGUGCUAUUUGCACUGAGGCUGGUCUCAUGGCUUUGAGAGAGCGCCGUAUGAGGGUGCAGAUGGAAGACUUCCGUGCUGCUCGUGAGCGCAUCAUGAAGACGAAGCAAGAUGGUGGCCCAGUGGAAGGAUUGUACUUGUAA